ACUGCCAGCUGGAGAAGCUGCCCAUGCGGCCGCGGGACCGCGCGCGGGUCAUCGACGCCGCCAAGCACGCGCACAAGUUCUGCAACGCCGAGGAGGAGGAGAGCGUCUACCUGCGCAGGCCAGAGGGCAUCGAGCGGCAGUACAGAAAGAAGUGCGGCAAGUGUGGACUUCUGCUUUUUUAUCAACACCAACAGAAAAAUGCCCCAGUGACUUUCAUUGUGGAUGGUGCUGUGGUCAAGUUUGGCCAGGGCUUUGGGAAAACAAACAUAUAUACUCAAAAACAAGAGCCUCCCAAAAAGGUGAUGAUGACCAAACGGACCAAAGACAUGGGCAAGUUCAGUUCGGUCACAGUCUCCACAAUUGAUGAAGAGGAGGAAGAGAUUGAAGCGAGGGAGAUUGCAGACUCCUAUGCACAGAAUGCAAAAGUAAUUGAGAAGCAACUGGAACGCAAAGGAAUGAGCAAAAAAAGGCUACAGGAGUUGGCCGAGCUGGAAGCCAAGAAAGCCAAGAUGAAAGGAACCCUGAUCGAUAACCAGUUCAAAUGAAAUGCUCCCCAUCGCUGGGCAUUUGGAGACGGGAGGAACUACUGGGAACCCUGCAGCUCAGUCAGCGUAGCAG